ACAAGACGAGGAAGUAUCUCUCAACUUUCUCUUUAACAGACAAGACGGAAGCUGCAAUACUUUAUUUUACGUCAUUUCCUCCCUGUGAAGCGUGUCGUCUGCUGAGAAGAAAUGGCGGAGGAUAACAGGGUGGAGGACUAUCCUCAUGAGAUACACGAACAGCUCACAUCCUUCGACUCAUCGGUCUCCUCUGUCAAAACCAUGCUGGACCAGUUGAUGUCGAUGCCCCGAAAUGAUCCUCUGCUAAAGCUGGAUGCUUUGGAUCAAGCCAAACUGGAUUUGAUGUCUGCCUACGCCCUCAAUUCAUUAUUUUGGAUGUACUUGGUGACACAAGGAGUAAAUCCCAGGGAUCAUGGAAUCAAGCAAGAGUUGGAGAGAAUAAGAACGUACAUGAACAGAGUGAAGGAGAUCACUGACAAAAAGAAAGCUGCCCGUCUGGAUAAAGGAGCUGCCGCACGCUUCGUCAGGAACGCUCUCUAUGACGCAGAGGAAAAAGAGUCUAGAAAAAAAACGGCCUCCAAGAAAACAGUGGACUCGGUAUCUGACGCCCCACAGUCAAAGCGUCCAAAGCACCAACGCUGGAGUUAAGGUUUUUGUUCACAUGGAAACUCCCGAGGCUGUGUGGUGAGGCAUCAUAGCAGACAUCCUGAGACAACAUAAAUAUACUUCAGUGUUCAUCAGGAUUACUGACCAGUCAGAAUUAAAUCCUGGAGUCAAAUCAUUCAUAUCAAAUCAUGUCAUUGCAGCUGAAAGUGACACAACAUCCAUGUUUUUUCUGAACAUUUCUAGACAAUGAUGCUGACAGCUCUUCUAGGAUGUAAUGGACGUGAUGCUGUUGUAUUUUUAUAACAUUUCUUCAUCACUCAUCACAGAAUUGUAAGAUUUUAUGGUCUUAUACUGUUCCUCUGAAGGAGAAAUGAUGGUGCCUGUUUAUUUUGAAAGUGAUUCUAUGAAUCAAGUCAUCCUUCUUUCAAAUAUUAUGUAUUUUUGUUGGAACCAAAAUCUGACCUUUUUUCUCCUUUUUCUAUUCAUAUCUCCCAUUUGGUAGGAAACAAAAUUAAGUGUAAUCUGCCAACUUUUCCCUGACUUUGACAUAAUGGUAGGACAGGCUUGGGUGUAAAUAAAACUGAUGAUGGCUGAAUUCCAUUUUGUUGCUUUUGUUUCAGCAUCAGGGCGUCGUCAAUGCUGGUUCACUGUCACGGCUUACUUGAAUAGAACUGAGCCGUAUCUAUAGUAACACCUGCUUGUCAUGCUAUGACAAGUCACAUUGGGGCUGUUGUCAAAAUAGGAUUACGCAAACUGUCUUUUUACCUCCUGUCAUACUAGUAGUCUGUUAUGCUGUCAUGGCCACCUGCUUAUACAGAAAACUGUUUUGUAAAUGAAUUUGAAAGUUUGUGUAAUAGAGGUUAUAUUGUUAUUUGAUCAACAAAACAUUUAUCUUAAAAGGGUUCCUUCAAGUAGCAGCAGUAAUUUGUUGCAGCUCAACAGUUAAUCAGUUACUUGAUAAUUAAUCAUUUGCCAACCAUUUUGAUUAUAGUUUGGAGAUUGGAUUUUAUAAAAUUAAAGUUUUUUUUUGAGUUUA